AAUCAACACGGACAUGAGUCAAAACACCAGUUGAUAGCUUCAGCACCUGAAAUAAUUUUUCAACUGGUGUAAACACAUGUUUUGCAGUGGUGAUGAAUAUGCCACAAAAUGUUUUGUUUGUUAUUGUAAAGAAAAAAAUAUUUUGCAAAAUUGGGGCGAGUUAGCGAACUAGUCUGUGAGAGAGCCAUUCAUGACAGCAAGCUAACUGCUAGCAAGCAACCUCUAACUAGCUAACGUUAGCUAUCAGUGUAGCUAGUGCAAGAGUCAGAGGAUUAAUUCAAACGCUGUUGUCAAGAAAACGUGUAUCCUUUCAUAUCAUAGUAGUCAGCUAGCAAUCCAGCCAGUCAGCAAAAUGAGGAUACGUUCGUCUGUUUUUGCCUGUUUUUGUCUCAUACUGGAGGUAUUAGGCAUUGCCUUGUUUCUUAGGGGAUUUUUCCCAGUCCCUAUCAAAUCUUCUUUUUCAUCGAAGAGCAAGUUGUCAGAUGUUCCGCCUGAACCCUUUACCGGAAGAUCCCUCAACUCCUCCAAAGUCCCGGACGCCCUUUUCAAGAGAGUAGUGAUAGUGUUGAUCGAUGCUCUCAGGGAGGACUUUGUGUUUGGUCCAAAUGGGAGAAAAUACAUGCCUUACAUCAGGCACUUGGUGGAGAGGGGCUCCACAUACAGCUUUGUGGCCAAGGCAAGACCUCCUACAGUUACAAUGCCCAGAAUCAAGGCCCUGACCACAGGUAGUAUCCCGGGCUUCAUCGACGUGGUGAUGAACCUGAACUCCCCAGCGCUGCUGGAGGACAACCUCAUCUGGCAGGCCAAGGCAGCGGGCAAGCGGAUGGUGUUCUACGGGGACGACACCUGGGUGAAGCUCUUCCCCAAGCACUUCAUGGAGUACGAUGGCACGACCUCUUUCUUCGUGUCCGACUACACCGAGGUUGACAACAACGUGACGCGUCACCUGGAUAGCACCCUGAAGAGAGACGACUGGGACAUUCUGAUCCUGCACUACCUGGGCCUGGACCACAUCGGCCACAUCAGUGGACCCCACAGCUCCCUCAUCCAGCCCAAACUAAUGGAGAUGGACGACAUCCUCAAGAAGAUUCAUGGCUCCCUCAUCUUAAAGGAGGCAGAGGGGGCGCUGCCCUACCUGCUGGUGCUGUGUGGGGACCACGGGAUGUCCGAGACGGGCAGCCACGGGGGCUCGUCUGAGCAUGAGGUCAAUACACCCCUGGUGCUCAUCAGCCCCGCCUUCAAGAAGAAAGUAGGGAUGGAGAAACCAUCAACAGUAGAGCAGGUGGACCUGACCCCGACCCUGGCUCUUGGUCUGGGCCUGCCCAUCUCCCAGAACAGCGUGGGCCGACUCAUCCAGCCCGUGGUUGACGAGGCCUCGCUCAGGGACCAGCUGCGCUUUCUGCACCUCAACGGCCACCAGCUGAGCUACCUGCUGAAGGACAGCAUGCCAGCCUAUGAGAAAGAGGAGGGCUAUGAGCAGUUCCGUGUGGCAGAGAAGUCCCAUGGUAACUGGGUGAAGCUAGUGGUGGAGGGCAACACAUCAGAGGUGCUGACCAACAUGGGGAAGAAGGUGUUCAAGCAGUACCUGGAGGCCCUCAGGGCCAUGAGUGAAGCCCUCAGCAAGCAGCUGGGCAAAUAUGACAUAUAUUCCAUGGUGGUGGGCAUGGUCCUUGUCUUCCAGCUCCUUCUCCUCCUGCUGCUGGCCAUGCCCGAGGCACUGAGCAGUGCCUCAGAGGUGGAUCUCCCUGUGUCCUCUGCUCUGCUCUCGCUGCCCUUCUACCUGCUCUGCUUGCUCCUCUCCUCCGUGCACGUGCUGGUGUGCACCUCGGCCGAGAGCUCCUGUUACUUCUGCAGCCUCUCCUGGGGACUGGUGUUCGGGGCAGUGGCCCUCUCCUCAGCCCUGCUCUGCAUCCUGGUAUCCAUGGCAGCCAGGAGGGGAGGAAAGCCCCCUGGGAAGUCUCCAUCCCAUGGUGGUGUCAGUGGUGGGUGGUCUCUGUCGGAGCUGGACAUUCUUCUCCUGGCGGGCACGGCUGGCCACACCCUCAGCCUGUCGGCCAGCAGUUUCGUAGAGGAGGAGCACCAGGUCUGGUACUUCCUGCUUAACACCCUCUGCCUGGUCGUCUUCCAAGACGUCUGUCGCAAGUACUUCCGGGAGCGCCGUGCCAACUUUGGGAGCUUGGAGGACGAAGACUACCUCCUCCCCUCCAAUGAGGGGGACGCGGUUGCCUCACCGUUAUCUGAUUUGGGGGUGACGGAUGCAGGUUCAGAGAAGUGGUUGGCCCUGGCUACCCCACCGCUCACCCUGGCGUGUUGUCGUCUGCUGCGCUCGCUCAACCAGACCGGGGUGCAGUGGGCUCACCUGCCUGACCUGGGACACUGGCUCAACAGCUUCGAACACAAGAUGGUGCUAUCCUUGUUCGCCGCCUUGUCAUUGGCUCUGAUCUACUUCCUGGUCCAGCGGAGAUGUUCCUGGGUGUCCAAGAUUGCCCUGGCCCUUGGCCUUCUGGGUGUAUACAGCUACCGGGCGGCAGUGGGCAACGUUGUGUUUCCGUGGCAACGUGGUGGUGGAAACAUGUCUAAGGGGACCGUGGAGGCACGCUUUGUGUAUGUCUUCGUCCUGGGCAUCCUCUUCACGGGCUCCAAGGACCUGUUGCGGUCCCAGGUCAUCACAGCCGAUGCCAGGCUGAAGAGCAGGGGCUUAUGGGAAAUCUACAGUGGUAUGGUUCUGUUGGUGGCCCUGUUGUUCCGAGCCCACAACCUGCCGGUGCUGUGCUGCUGUUUGCUGGUCCAGACUUUGAUGGCCCAGUUCAUCUGGAAGAAGCUCCACUACGACGCUGCACAGACCACCAUCAUGCACUACUGGUUUGGACAGGCCUUCUUCUACUUCCAGGGGAACUCCAACAGCAUUGCCACGGUUGACAUCUCGGUGGGCUUCGUGGGACUGGAGAGCUACAUAGAGGCCCCGGCUUUCUUCCUCACCGCCCUCAGCACGUAUGCCGGGCCCCUGCUCUGGGCUGCGCACCUGGUUUGCUACCUCAGCUCAGAGAAGAGGAGCUCAGUGGCGGUCGGCCAUGGAUGCUACUGCUUGGCCCUUUUGCGGUCCGUGCCGGCGGCGGCCUACGUGGUGUUGGUCACGGCCCUGCGCUACCACCUCUUCAUCUGGAGCGUCUUCUCACCCAAGCUGCUGUAUGAGUCCAUGCACACACUGCUCACCACUGCAAUUUGCCUCUUCUUCACCACCAUGGAGCAGAGCCGCAGGCCCUAGGGAGCCCACGGCUCAGAGGGCUCUCAACUUUCAGGAAGGGGUUAAGGAGAAGGGCAAAGACUCAUGGGUAAUGGUGGUCCUGAUACUGUCCUAGUUGAUUCUGGAUGCCCCACUCCUACACUCUGAAGGAGAAGGUGGGAAUGUACUGUCCACUGCACUGGACUUCUAGGAUUUCAGCAUUCACUUGGGUGGCAGGUAGCCUAAUGUUUAAGAGCGUUGGGCCAGUAACCGAAAGGUUGCUGGUUUGAAUCACUGAGCAGACUAGGUGAAAAAUCUGUCGAUGUACCCUUCAGCAAGGCACUUAACCCUAAUUGCUCCUGUAAGUGGCUCUGGAUAAGAGUGUCUGCUAAAUUAAUACAAAAAUGUUCAAAUUCACCUUUUGGUACGCAAUAUCUUUUCUCAGAUGGAACUUUGUCUCUUGUAUGGACUAAAGCACAACUUUUUUAGUAAGAUUUAGAUAUUUUAAGGUGGUGGGUUCUACUGAAGUCUGUUCAGGUAUUUAUUGAGCAGGGCUGAAAAUGGGUAAUGGAGUAAAUUUUAUAAAUUAUUUCAUUUGAAUGUGUCAAAGCACAAUCUCUUGAAAUUGGAUUUGUAUUCCUUCCUUUUGUUGUGUUAUUGUUUGUUUUGUUUCUGUAGAGUAGUAAGUUCUUCUAUUGACCCCCGGCUCUGUAGUGCUCUAUCCCAGUAGAGUAGUAAGUUCUUCUAUUGACCCCCAGCUCUGUAGUGCUCUAUCCCAGUAGAGUAGUAAGUUCUUCUAUUGACCCCCGGCUCUGUGGUGCUCUAUCCCAGUAGAGUAGUAAGUUCUUCUAUUGACCACCGGCUCUGUGGUGCUCUAUCCCAGUAGAGUAGUAAGUUCUUCUAUUGACCCCCAGCUCUGUGGUGCUCUAUCCCAGUAGAGUAGUAUGUUCUUCUAUUGACCCCCAGCUCUGUAGUGCUCUAUCCCAGUAGAGUAGUAAGUUCUUCUAUUGACCACCGGCUCUGUAGUGCUCUAUCCCAGUAGAGUAGUAAGUCCUUCUAUUGACCACCGGCUCUGUAGUGCUCUAUCCCAGUAGAGUAGUAAGUUCUUCUAUUGACCACCGGCUCUGUAGUGCUCUAUCCCAGUAGAGUAGUAAGUUCUUCUAUUGACCCCCGGCUCUGUAGUGCUCUAUCCCAGUAGAGUAGUAAGUUCUUCUAUUGACCACCGGCUCUGUAGUGCUCUAUCCCAGUAGAGUAGUAAGUUCUUCUAUUGACCACCGGCUCUGUAGUGCUCUAUCCCAGUAGAGUAGUAAGUUCUUCUAUUGACCACCGGCUCUGUAGUGCUCUAUCCCAGUAGAGUAGUAAGUUCUUCUAUUGACCCCCGGCUCUGUAGUGCUCUAUCCCAGUAGAGUAGUAAGUUCUUCUAUUGACCCCCGGCUCUGUAGUGCUCUAUCCCAGUAGAGUAGUAAGUUCUUCUAUUGACCACCGGCUCUGUAGUGCUCUAUCCCAGUAGAGUAGUAAGUUCUUCUAUUGACCACCGGCUCUGUAGUGCUCUAUCCCAGUAGAGUAGUAAGUUCUUCUAUUGACCACCGACUCUGUAGUGCUCUAUCCCAGUAGAGUAGUAAGUUCUUCUAUUGACCCCCGGCUCUGUAGUGCUCUAUCCCAGUAGAGUAGUAAGUUCUUCUAUUGACCCCCGGCUCUGUAGUGCUCUAUCCCAGUAGAGUAGUAAGUUCUUCUAUUGACCACCGGCUCUGUAGUGCUCUAUCCCAGUAGAGUAGUAAGUUCUUCUAUUGACUACCGGCUCUGUAGUGCUCUAUCCCAGUAGAGUAGUAAGUUCUUCUAUUGACCACCGGCUCUGUAGUGCUCUAUCCCAGUAGAGUAGUAAGUUCUUCUAUUGACCACCGGCUCUGUAGUGCUCUAUCCCAGUAGAGUAGUAAGUUCUUCUAUUGACCCCCAGCUCUGUAGUGCUCUAUCCCAGUAGAGUAGUAAGUUCUUCUAUUGACCACCGGCUCUGUAGUGCUCUAUCCCAGUAGAGUAGUAAGUUCUUCUAUUGACCACCGGCUCUGUAGUGCUCUAUCCCAGUAGAGUAGUAAGUUCUUCUAUUGACCCCCAGCUCUGUAGUGCUCUAUCCCAGUAGAGUAGUAAGUUCUUCUAUUGACCACCGGCUCUGUAGUGCUCUAUCCCAGUUGCAUUAUAUUUCUAAUAGUCCUCCAUACACUUAUAUCAAUUAUAUAGGUUAUAUAAAUGAUGCACUGUAGAUGUGUUCCAAGCUGAUAGCAAGCCAUACUUCCCUCCCACUUCCUGCCAUAUGAUACACAGGUCGUAAGCUGUUUAUUUUAAUUAAACAUUUUUAUUUAAACUUUA